UACCAAAUUUAAGCGCUGACUCCUGCUGGAGCCGCACUCACUCACUGACCCCCGGACUAAACACCGCGCCGCCGCCGCAAACCAGCCCGCAGAGUCCCCGCGGAGUCACCGCUACAGCACGCAGAGCACAGCAUGGGGCCAGACAGCGCUUUACUGCUCGUUAUUUGGAUGCAUUGCGCGAGCUUUUUCUGCAGCUUCGCAACUACAGUGGAGCCAACUGUUGAGCCAGCCACUGAAACAGCCACUCUCAGCAACAUUACAGCAAAUUCUACAGAAUGGAUGGUGGACUUUACCGACAUCGAAUCGAAGUUUGCUCUGAGAACCAGCGAUGAACCCGAAGAUGACCUGUGCUACAUAGUUCCGGGCCAGCGGCAAACCAUUAAAGAAUGUGAUUUUAAUCCCAAUGAGAAGACGUUUGUGGUCAUUCAUGGAUGGACGGUCACUGGAAUGUACGAGAGCUGGGUGCCUAAGCUGGUCACGGCGCUGUUGGAACGCGAGCCAACAGCCAACGUGAUCGUAGUAGACUGGCUGGUCCGAGCUCAGCAACACUACCCAACCUCAGCCGCAUACACCAAACUGGUGGGCCGGGAUGUGGCCAAGUUCGUCAACUGGUUACAGGUAGAAAUUGAGUACCCAUGGGAGAAGCUCCACCUUUUGGGCUACAGUCUGGGUGCCCACGUUGCUGGUAUUGCUGGACUUCUCAUGAAAGACAAAGUGAACAGAAUCACUGGUUUGGAUCCAGCUGGCCCAACCUUUGAAUACGCAGACGCCCAGAGCACGCUUUCACCUGACGACGCCCUGUUUGUGGACGUGCUGCACACCAACACCCGCGGCUCUCCUGACCGUAGCAUCGGCAUCCAGAGACCUGUGGGGCAUGUGGAUAUCUACCCCAAUGGAGGAACCUUCCAGCCUGGGUGUGAUCUGCAGAACACCAUGAUGAUGGUGGCCACCACGGGCUUGAGAAACAUGGACCAGAUUGUGAAGUGUUCCCACGAGCGCUCCAUCCACCUUUUUAUCGACUCGCUGGUCAACGCAGAGCAGCCAAGCAUGGCCUUCCGGUGUAGCUCCAAAGAGAUCUUCAACAAGGGGGUGUGCCUCAGCUGCCGCAAGAACCGCUGCAGCAAGGCAGGCUACGACGUGACCAAGGUGCGCAGCCGCAGAAGCAGCAAGAUGUACAUGAAGACCAGAGACAUGAUGCCAUACAAAGUGUUCCACUACCAAGUGAAGGUCCAUUUCUUCAGCAAGAACAAGCUGAGCUACACCGACCAGCCCAUGAAGAUUUCCCUGUACGGAUACGCUGGAGAGAAGGAAAAUAUUCCCUAUGUUAUGCCUACUCUGAGCAGCAACUCUACUGUAUCCUUCCUGCUGACCACUGAUGUGGACAUUGGGGAACUGGUGAUGGUGAAGAUUGUUUGGGAGAAGGACACGCUCAUCAGCUGGCCCUGGUGGAAUCCAGACACCUUCCAUAUCCGCAGGCUACGCGUCAAAUCCGGAGAAACGCAAUCCAGAGUGAUCUUCAUUGCUAAAGAAGGGGAGUUCUCCUACCUCGCCCGUGGUGGGGAUGCUGCUGUGUUCGUGAAGGACAAAGAGGCCCAGUCAAGCCAGAAAAAUGCAAAGUUACACAAGCUGAAGAUGUUCGGCAGCUCGUUCAAGAAGAGCAUAGAAUAAAGAGGCACUUACACCUUCACUCUCUUGCUGGGGCCCGAGAGGAGCCGGCUGGGAACUGGACCGGUAGAGACUGCACAGUUUCUGUAUGUUCUGAUUUCCGAGUGCCUCACUGAAUCGUAGCAAUUAUCUCACGAAUCCUCAUCCAUAAAGCACAUCCUGCAAGGAACUUAGUAGUCUUGAUAACUUUUAACUGCUGAGCAGUUUUAAUUGAAAAAAAAGCCACUUCUAAUACCGCUCAGUUUUUUUUUUCUUGUUCUUGUUUUUUUUCCUCUUUAAAAAAUGAGUUGUUGAAGGUCACUGGAGCCUAGAGUGCUGGAAAAUCUGGAAAGUCUGGAAAAAUCUUAAUUGCUAUUUGCUAUUGCACCUCCUCCCCAACCCCCAAUGCUUACGUUCUGUUUCAGGGGCUGAGUCAUGUAAGGAUUCAAACCUGAUCACGUCUCUCAUUGGCUAUGAAAAUAUUUCUUUUCAAACGAAAGAUAGACGUCUUAUUGUUAUGCAAUAUAUAUGUACUUAUAUGUAAGUAAACUGUUACACUGUUAUAAUGUGUGUACUGGAUGUCUGUCUGCUUUGGUCAAACCGAAGCACAUUUAAUAAACAAUGCACCGCUGGUGCGGGAGCCAAAGUGGAUGUCCCAUAGCGCUGCACUUAGUAGGCAGGGUUUUUUUUCUCUGUUUUGAGCGACAAAUUAAAAGAGAAACUUAACAUAAGAGAACAGCUUUGUCGAUCAGGAACGUGAGGAACGUACUAUAGACCUCGGCACCCAACCCAACAACUGGCUAGCUGAAAAAAAAAAGUCAAAUGCUGAGUGUUCUCCAAACACAUUGAAGCAACUGACUGACGAUGCUGAAUGACGAUAGUGAAGAUAUAGAGUAGUUUGUUAUUAGUGGUGCGAGUCCAAGCUGUGUAUAAAAGAGAGGUGGCACAGGUUGUUGAGAUGUUGUUAAAGGGGCAGAACCUACUGGUGCAUUGAGUAGAUUAUUGGGAAAGAUGCAGAACACGACUUAUUCUAGCUCUGCUAGAAGAGGUUCCUUUUGGAGUUUGCUCAGAAACUAGAACCACUAGAUUAGAUUCUUUUUAUAUCGUAGUUUUAUUUGUACUGUUGGGUUACACUGUGAAGUACUCUUUAGCAUAUAAACUACCUUCUACCAUCUUUUCCACUGAAAACUACACGCUGACUAACACUAAUAUUCAUUACAUGCAGUCAUAAAACAACUCAGGAUAGGUCAACCUAUAUAGAUUAAUACAGUACUGUGCAAAGGUUUUGGGAAGGCAAAAAAUUUAGAUUUUUAUAGCUUCUUAUUUUUAUGGUAAGUGUUGUAAGUGUAUGUUUAAGGAUCUCCAACUCUUUGUUCAUGGGAGUUUGGUUAUAUUUAUUUUAGUAAUCAUCAUCAAACCCACCUGGUUAAUGAUGUUUAAUCAGGUGAGCCUAAGGUGGAAUUGAACAUAUGCACUAGGAUGUCCAGGAAAAAUCAUUUUACUGUAUUUAUGUUUCCCUGCAUGUUAUGGCUGAGAGAAAUGGCUUAAUUUUCAACUAAUGUUUAAAAAUAAUGCUUGGGCUCCUAAAGAUUUGCACAGUACUGUAUAUACCCAUAUCCACAUCUCAGAUUCUCAGAUUUCUGCUACAGUAUUAAAGUCAUAUAGUGUGUUGAUCUCUAUUUGCCACUAAAUUAUGGGACCAAAUAUUCUCUAAAGCUGAAUCUACAUAAGGAAAAGAUUCUUGUAAAUACGUAUAGGAAAAUAAUUGUUCUACAUCUUGAAAUGUCCACCUUUCCACCUUUUUUUUUUAGUUGUCUGUUUUUGGUUAUUGUGUUUGGCACAGGUCACUUUAUAGGCGCAGACCUCCUUUUUGUUAAUCAAUUCCUUGUUUAAAGCCACAAUCAGAGAUGCAGGUGCUGUGCCGUACUGCAGUCAGUCUUCUCAAAUACUGUGAAAUAAAAUAGGAAAAUACUUGGUGGUCUUAAUGUUCUGGAAGUUCUUGUUCUGAAAUCCUUGAUUGUGGCUUUAAUAGUUAAACUGUGACAAAUGAAAGUUUCCAUACUAUACACUUUUUUAUUUUAGGAAUAUGACAUGGGAUCCCAAACGCAGUGAGAUUGAUAGUCAAUCAUUCUUUCAGAAACAAUUGCACGACUGUGUACAGUCAUAGUACUUCCGCAUAGUUGUCACAAUCUUUGAUUGGCUUAUUUUUAUUUUUUUUAUUAGCCAAGAUAUUUGAAAAAACAAUAUUUUGGAAAAAGCAAUAUUCCAAAACCAAGCAAUGAACCCGACAUAGCGCCCUGCAUAAUAGCCAUGAAUACAACAAGAUUAUUUAUUGAAUGUAUAUAUUUGUACAUUGGGCUUGUAUGAUGCCUUGUCUAUGUCUGUCUCUCUCUCUCUCUCUCUUUCUAUUUGAGUUAUACAUAUCCUCUCUAUUUUUAUAAACAAAGUGAGAAUGAAUGAGACCAACUGCUGGGUGGAGUGAUUUAAUUACCCUCUGGAUCAUGAUCAUUCAUCGUAUUAAUACAAAAUGCACUGUAUAAAAAUUAUAUUUUAAUAAAGAGUGUUACAAAUCAUCA